AUGAAAAUUUUAAAAUUUUCAUUACUAUCAAAACUAAAACAUAAAGAUUUUAUUGUAACAUCUUUUAGAAACAAUAUUAUAAAUUCAAUUAAAAAUAAUAAUACUAAUAAUAAUGGCCUAUUAAAAUUUUCAAAUAAUAAAUACAAUUUCCUAAAUAAUAAUAAUAAUAAUAAUAAUAAUAAUGUAAAUAAAAUAAAUAAUGUAUAUUAUAUAAAUAAUAAUUUUAAAAAUGUUAUGGAAAAUAAAAUAAAACCAUCUUCAAUUCAAUUCUUUUCUUCACUUUCAAAUAAAUAUAAUCUAAAUUCAUUCACAACUACCAAACCACAACCAUGUCAAGCUAAACCACCAUCAUCAAAACAACAACAACAACAACAACAACAACAACAACAACAACAACAACAACAACAACAACAACAAUCAAAAAAAAAAACAAGUAAAGAUAGAUUAAGAGAUAUUUUAAAAAAAACUGUAAUUACACCACAAGAGUUUUUAAAUGUAUUACAAAGAUUUGCAAAAAAUUAUAAGAAAACUAUAGCAAGUAUUUUAGCAGCAAUUGCAUUAAUAAUUUAUUCAUAUGAAACACCAGAUAGUUAUUUUGGAUCAAUGAUGAAUGUUAUUGUUAGAUUUUAUAGAGCAAUGAAAUGUGCAACUAAAAUUAUGAUAAAUUAUAAGAUUCUUUCAUAUACACCAGAAAAGUCAUCGGAAUAUUUAGAGAAAUCAAAGAUAUGUCAUCAAGAAUCUGCUGAUUUAAUAUUGGAUUUAUGUUUAACCAAUGGUGGACUAUAUAUUAAAGCAGGUCAAUAUAUUGCAAGUUUAAAUCAUAUCUUACCAAUUCAAUAUACUAAAACACUCUCAGUAUUACAAGAUCAAGCACCAUGGCGUGAUUUCUACGAAGUUGAAAGUGUUUUCUUAAAGGAUUUAGGUAACGCACCAAACCAUUAUUUCUCUGAUUUCGAUAGAUUACCAAUUGCAGCUGCAUCAUUAGCACAAGUUCAUAGAGCAAUUACAAAGGAGGGUGAAGAGGUUGCUGUCAAAGUGCAAUAUGUAGAUUUACAGAGAAAUUUCGAUGGUGACAUUUUCACUCACAAUGUUUUGUUGACUUUGGUCAAUAUGGCAUUCCCAGAUUUUGAAUUCAAUUGGAUGGCUGAGGAAAUGAAAAAUGUUUUAAUAAAAGAGUUGGAUUUCUCUCAAGAGGCUGAUAAUGCUGAACGUGCCGCUCAAGAUCUCUCUUCAAAUAACAAUGCCUACAUUCCAAAAGUGUUUAGACCCUAUUCUUCAAAGAGAAUUCUAACGACAGAGUUUAUUCAUGGUUGUAAAAUCAAUAAUGUUCAAGCCAUAAGAUCAAUGGGUUUAAGUGAGAAAACUGUCUCUCAAAGAUUCAUGGAGAUUAUGUGUGAACAAAUUUUCAUACAUGCCUUUGUUCAUGUGGAUCCUCAUGCUGGUAACGUUUUAGUUAGACAACAUCCAAACCACCCAAAUCAACCACAAAUAGUAUUAUUGGAUCAUGGCCUAUAUAGAGAGUACGAUGAAGAAUUUAGAUUGAAUUUCUGUAACCUCUACAAGAAUUUAGUAUUGUGUAACAAUAAAAAAGUUGAAAAAUAUAGUAAAGCAUUGGGUGUACAAAAUUGGAAACUUUUCUCAACAAUGAUUCUAAUGCGUAAUUUCGAAGGUUCUUCAGUUGGUUUAUCAAAUUCAAUAUCAUCAGAAGAAUUGGAGAAACUAUUAUCAGGUGCAAUUGAAAGACUUAAAGAUAUCAAUCUCUUAAUGAAAGCAAUGCCAAGACAUUUACUAUUAAUCUUAAGAAAUAAUAACCUUUUAAGAUCAAUCAAUAUGGAACUUGGUAGUCCAGUUAAUAGAUUUUCAAUUAUGGCUCGUUAUGCUGCCAAAGGUUUAAAUAGUAAUUCUUCAAAAAAUAGUGGUAUCAUUAGAUUAGUAAAAAGUGUUGAAGAGAAAGUAUCAUUAGAAGUAAUGUUAAAAGGUUAUGAAUUAUACUAUUAUUUUGUUAAUAGAAUUUUAUCAAUUUUAAUAAGAUUACAUAUAAUUAAUCCUGAAAAAUUAAUUAAAGAUCAAAUGAAAAAAUUAGGUUAG